GCAAGCCUGGUUCAGCAGUGCCACAGCAUGCACCUGGUUUCUAGGCUGUACGACUCACUAAUUGGCAAAAUGAAUCACGCCUGGUGUCCUAGCUAAGUAAAUGACUGUCCUGGAACAGCAUUCAACAGAUGGUGAAAUAGUUGCAGUUAGAUUUAGAUAAUUUGGGAGGGAGACACCGUGGAAAGUUACUGCUACGGUAACGUUCCAGUGAUUGACCUGACAUGACCACCUAGGCCUAUCUGAUGACAUGCCAUUUUAAGAUUAGCUACGUAUCAACCGUUCCCAUUGAAUAUGGGGUUUUGUACAGAGUAGCCAAUGAUUGUUUUUGGGGAGGUCCUGCAGUACUUUAAAGACUGAUAGCUUGAAGGUAUCAAUAGCUAGCUCCUACUACAGAGACAUUACCAUUGCUGGAUAAAAAAAAACUGCCAUUAAUACCAUUGCACGGCGUACAACUAAAGGAUACAUCGAUAGACUUGUCUGGAGUACACGGGGAAUCUUUCUGGGUGCUCAUUUGUCAAUGUCUCGAAGAAGAGGCACGGCUCGCCAUUGCUGUCCUACCAACCAUGUUCGGCAGCAUCUGGGGAUACUUCUACACGUCCUUCCUUAGAUACUGGCUGAAGUGGUUCAUCAGACAGGUGACAGGGAAAUGCGAGCUGCAAAGGAUUUGUGCCGGCUACAAGCCUGGGGCGCCCAGGACAACGAAAGCAGAAUACUCACUCAAGAACUCCAAAUCUAAGCUAUUAAGAGCUGCUGUGGAUGUGGAGGAGGAUGGUUUGGAGAAGCAUCUGGAUCUUGUCAUGAGGGAAAAGAAUGUCAAAACGCAGAGGGAUCCCACGUUUAAGGUGAAUCUGAAGCUGUGUCUCUUACAAAUAACGGGAUACAGGAACUUAUUCACGUCCGUGGAAGAGUUGAGGAAGGAGAAUUUUGACUCGGAUAAAGUCCAACACGAGGAAAUGCUUUUGAAGUUAUGGGACCUGUUGAUGCCCGGGGUCAAACUGGAGUCCAGAGUUACCAAACAGUGGGGCGACAUUGGUUUCCAAGGCGAUGACCCCAAGACUGACUUCCGAGGAAUGGGCAUGUUGGGCCUAACCAACCUUGUGUUCUUUAGUGAGAACUACACUGAAGAGGCUCGGCAAGUGCUGUCCCAUGCAAACCAUCCCAAACUGGGGUACUCCUAUGCCAUAGUGGGUAUCAACCUGACGGAGAUGGCGUACAGUUUACUGAAGAGUGGUGCUCUCAAACCCCACUUCUACAACACAGUGUCUGGGAGACCCCAACUGCAGCACCUCCAUCAGCUGUUCUGUUACCUGGUGUACAAGUUUGAUAAGUUCUGGGUGGAGGAGGAGCCCGAGAGCAUCAUGGAGUUCAACCACUACAGGGAAAAGUUCCACGACAAUAUCAAGAUUCAACUACGGGACCCCGCCGUCGCCCUCACCAUGACGGAUAGUCCAAGAAGUAACUGACCGACCAACCGACUGAACGGCUCUCGCUUGGACCUAAUUGGGACCACCAGAGCCUCGAUACACUACAGCGUACUUCCAAAUCUAUAAGGGACAUUUAGAGCUAGCUUUCCCUUCGAUCUUAGUUUAGACCCAAUCUACACACUUUUUUUUUAUUUGUAUAAAUUAGUGACUAGUUUUUAGAAAUAAGUAAGACCAGGUGACGAAUUCAAUCCUCUGCCUCAAAUAAUGACCAUUCCAAUGCUUCAAAUAUUACAAAAGGGGAAAUAAAAUAGUAGGGCACUAGUUCUAUGUAGUUGAUUGGCUGUGUACGUUUCAGCGGACAUGGAAAGGAAUUACACAAUAGUUUGAGGAAAUGGAGAUUGGUGAAUAAUAUUAACUAGCUGGUAACUAGGUUUUUAUUUAUUUAACAAAGUCAACAAGUGCCGUCUCGCACGUAUUCAUAAUAACUUUGCCUACUCAUUCUCGUAUUUUUCCUUCUUGCUCAGGAAUCAAAUAUGUGUCCAGAGAGGGAAUUUAUAUCGUAGUAGACUUAAAACUAAGGAAUCCUUUGUUUACCUAAUGCUCAAUGGUUGUACUACUUACUCAGACACGGAGAGCUCUGUGCAUGUUUUAAUGCGUUUGAAUUGAUACCGUCAUUGUUGUCAAUACAUUUCAAUAGGUGGUGCUGAGAUUACUGGUUAUUACGCCGCUGCCUAUUCCACACAUUCGUACAAUAUUGUCUUUGCUGAAAGCUGACUUUGUAUGGUAUUUUGUCUGUUAUUUAUAGGCCGUGGGCCCUGAUUUUGUUUUUUGAAGAUGAUUUGACAUUUUGUAGACACAGUAUGGAUCUUUGUAACGACUGACACAUGCCCAGUGUUAAUAAAUUAAACUUCUGAUGUGA